AUGGCGGACCCAGGAGGGAAGCGGUUCACCUUGGAGCAAAGACAACAGUUACGUUAUAAUCCUGUUAGCUCCUCGUCCAGCGGGGUCGAAUCCUCCAGUAUUGCUUUGUCAGUUAUUCAACAAUUACGACUGAUACAGGAGAGCUGGGUUGCGGCAAGAACUGCCCCAGUGAACCAGCAGCUAUGGAAACACUUCUCUAAAUGGACAUUUGAUGCGAAAGGUUCCCUCCAGCCGGAUUCCUGCACAGCUUGGGCAAUAAGUUCCCCUUGGGCUACUCAACAGAAGAUGAGUGUUUAG